AUGGCCCCCAGAUGUUCCGAGAAGCAGCGCCGGUCCUUUGUGACGACGCCAGACUUCCUUGAUUGCGAUACCCCGGCUUUGACUGGGCCUUGUUUGUUACUCCCGCAGGUCUGCAUGUUUGAUCGAGGAGGUGUGGCUUUGGUUUCAGUCGAAUCCGGAUUCCGUCAUAAGGGUGGUGCUCAUGCAGCGCCUAUGCGUCGCGAACUGCCUGAAAUCGACUGCAUUCCGGCCGCUGCUCGCAAAAGGAUCUCCAGGCGACAUGACCCUAAGACAUUGUUCGCUUCACACCUCGCCAAGGAUGAUCACAACAGCGCCCCUCGCGUCGCAGCCACACCGCUUGGAUGUAACAGUAGAAUGGAAGAAGUGGUAAAUAACGAGAAUGAUGUAAUCUUCGUUUAUAGUUGCAAAAAAACUACAACAUCACGCGGCGCAAACAAUGCUCGUUCGAACACAGCUUUCCUCGAGAAGAUCCAUAUUCUCCAAGCCAGUGGCUAUAUGAUAGCACCGGAGGCAGUGAAGCUAGCCGCAUUCUUAAUUACUGCAAUAAUUAAAGAGGGAACGGAACGGACGCACUGGCUUCUCAAUCUGUGGAAGAAGGGGCAGCACUUGGAGAGAGGUGCAAACGAAGCGGCAGCGGAAAGGGUGGAUGGAAAAAACGUUUUGUUUUCAGGCGCACGAUAA